CUUUGACAGGCUCUGAUGAAAGUACUCCAUACCUACAGUAAUAAAAACUAUGUAUGAACUGAGAGUCCCUAUGCCAUCGAGAAUGGAAAUCAACAUAUAUUUAUCAGGACAUACGAGAUUCUUGAUAAAGAAACUGUUCUCCAAAACUUAAACAUAAGGCAGCCCCAUCACAUAUAUCACUCAGGCCUUGUCAUAUCAACUCCCCAUCAACCCUUUCCCACCACAGCUUUCACACGAGCGAGACAACCGCUCUCGUUUACGACGUAACCGAGUGGGUCGGGCAUAUCCCGACAACGCAGCCGCAAGUGAUUCACUCGCCGGUGAUGACCCAAGAAACACGGAUCGACAAGGGUGGUUAGUGGCUCUUCGACAGUCCCGGGACAAAUGGUGUCUUUACGAAAUGAGGACUUCAACGAAUUUCAAAAAAGCGCACUAUCGCAGCGAACUGCCUGCUCGUUCUCCAGUAUAAAAAGGAUCUUGAUGACGUUCCGCUAGCACCUAUCUCCAGUUGUAUUGUCAACUCUCCUUGUCAUACUGUGAUAUAUAGCGUGUUUCCGUAAUGCGUGGAGUCUACUUCAUAGACUCUGAGUAACUUUCCGCCUUGGUAUUUCCCUUUAAACGCCGUAGCCUGAGGUGCCUUACAAAGAAAAAUUUGGUCUAAAAGGUCUCUUCUCUCCCAACGCCUCCGAACGCUUCAUCAAGGUGUGGGGUUCUCGCGAACCGUACGGCGAACUCGCUUCUCGUACUCGGCACGAUCUCUCUUGAAGAGAUUGUAUGCCUCUGCUUGCGCAGGUGACUCGGGGUUGGGGUCGUUGAGAAGGUCCUGGAUACCGAGAAGGAUUUGUUUGACGGUGAUCGCAGGCUUCCAGGCCUCCUCUUCGUUGAGGAUGGACAGGCAGACAGUUCCUGAAGGGUACACAUUGGGGUGGAACAGCGGGGGGACAAAUUUGCCUAUUUUUAUAUUAGCAAGGCGGCCGUCACACAUUAAGGUCGAGAGGGUAUUACACUUGGGAGGCUUUGUAGGGUACUCUACGUUGAACAAGUAUUAGCGCGGUCCGAGCAAUAUCGUGUGGUGUUGGAACUUACCAUCAGGGAAAGCGAUGGUCAGCUUGAAGAGUCCGCCAGACCAAAUGGUGUUCUCUUUGCCAGGGAUUCCGCAUUCCCAAUUUUUGACAUCGAGUACACCUUCUUUGGUACGCUGUGGCUUGGCAUAGAAACCAAAAGGAUGGUCUCGUCGCCACUGCUUCCUAUCGAGAUUUCAGUCGAGUCCGUGGACUAUUCAUUACUAAUCUCACCUCUCCUCUUGUAAUCGGUUCUGGCAAAGCGCCAUGAUCCCGUUGUUCAACGAUGUCGAUCAGAGGUGGGACGAGGGUGACGAGGUUUGCAGGCGAAGAAUAUGAGAAGGAAAAGAUUGUCGAGAAUCGCCUGAGAGAUCGGAAAGCUGAGGUGCGACACGAGUUGCGGCAGAAUAAAGAGUCACUGGAGAGGAGCUUGCACAGCUCUAACUAACGGCCGAGCUUUCGGGUUGCCGAGUGAGGAAAAUGCUUCAGAGGGGAAAUAUCUGACACGGAAAGAAACAAAUCGAAAGUCAGCUCGAAGGCGAAGGCGAAGGCGAAGGCGGGACCUAUUGUUUGCGCAAUCGUGCCCGAGGUACAAUUCACGAAACGACGUCUUGUUGAUGAUUCGAUGCACAGGCCAGAACCUGUUGUCGUUGGUUGAAAAGACGCCAGUCGGGGGCAUGGAUGCUUUUCCGGCAAACCCCGCUAAGUGGUCACCUAAAUGCCCAGGGCCUCAAGCUAGGUCCGGGGGUUGAUUUGCGCUGUUGCGGCUUGUUGACCUUCUGAAGCCUUUAGGUACUGUAGUGAGGGGCACUUUUUGAAUCAAGUUGGAAGACAGCCCGUUUGAGGUGCGAACCUGCUAGCGCCGCAUCAUAGGUCACCUCGGCUCAGUCAUUGAGUUAAGCUGGAAGCAGGCGGGCAUAGAUCCCUCAGAUUGCCCACGUACCUAUAAAAACACUUACGGCUUGGUACCUACAUCACAAAUCUUCACUCUAUUGACCUUGCGCCAUCUUUGUCCUUUCUUAUGAGGCAGUGCCUGAACUUGGCUGACUUUCAUCAUUAAUCUUACUUCAUCCGUUUCCUUUGGCAGAAGUGGGGGGCGUUCGAGUGCUGGGAAACGAGGCAGAUAUCAUCAUGGGCGCGGACAAAGACACGGAAGUCGCCCUGAAGGAGCAGGUCACGGAGGGACUCAAAGAUGCUGCUCAAGAGGGCGUUAAAGAUGAGGUGAAAGAGGACAAAAAGGAUGAAAUUGAGGAUACCACAGACCUCAAGACCAAAGCCGAGGCUGAUGCUGAUGCUGCUACCUCAUCUCACAGUCUCAUGCCUGAUGCUCCAACCGCACAUGCUGCUGCCACUAGUCUAGCGACACCCUCUCUAGAUUCAAAGCCUCAGAACUCUGCCUUACACGAGGCUCCUGCUGAAGAUACUGCUACUGAUGAUGCUGUUCCUCAAGACUCGUCAUCCAAAGCUGCCCCGCAACAGCCCGAUCCCCAAGAAGCUGCCGCCACGACAGAAGCUGUAGCAGAGAAGACUGACGCUUUGCCAACCCCAGCACCAAAGGCCGUUGUAACUGUUGACGAAAUAGACGAGGUUCCAGACCCGGACGAGGACGACUUGGAUGAUUUGGAUGAUAUGCUGGAAGAGUUCUCUGCCGUUAAGCUAGAUCAAACCAAGCCUCCUGGAGCUGCCGCUGCUGCCUCCAGUAAGCCAGAAGUUCCCAAAGGCUCUGCAUCCGGCAAACAACCUGAAGUGGAGGAUGCGUUCUCAGAAGAUGAAUUUGCUAGGCAGCUCCAGGCUGGUAUGGCUGACCUACUGGGCGAACUUGAACAGUCUCCUGACAUGCAAGCACAGUUUGAGGAUAUCUUCAAACACAUCGCUGCAGCAGAAGGUGCUGGUGACGCGCCACCUCCAAGCACUUCCAAAGGGCCUUCUUCUCAAGCACCACCUGAGGAUGCAUCGUUCCAAGAUACUAUCAAGCGAACUAUGGAGCGCAUGCAAGCUUCGGGAGAUCAAGCUACCGCUGCUGCUGCCUCUGGAUCCGCUGAUGAUUUCAUGUCUGAGAUGCUGAAGCAGUUGUCUUCGGGCGACCUUGGUGAUCUGGGAGGCGACGGCAGCGAGGAAGAAUUCUCCAAAAUGCUUAUGGGCAUGAUGGAGCAGCUCACUAACAAGGAAAUUCUAUAUGAACCCAUGAAGGAACUCGAUGAGAAAUUCCCUGAAUGGCUUAUCAAGAAUCGUGACUCGACACCGAAGGAUGACUUGAAGCGCUACGAGGAGCAACAGUCCAUUGUACGAGAGAUAGUGGCCAAGUUCGAAGAGAAGACGUACUCGGAUUCCAAUGCGGCGGACCGUGAAUUCAUUGUGGAUAAGAUGCAAAAGAUGCAAGCAGCAGGAUCGCCCCCUUCUGAUUUAGUUGGAGACAUGCAGUCAGCACAAGAUGCCCUCAAUCCAGGAGAUGAAGCCUGUAACCCUCAGUAGAUAAGGAACUUGGUUAUUGACCCCAGGCCAUCUAUAUACCCUUUCUCAAAAUAAUAUGUGUGCACAUCUGACGAUAUCCACUGGCACUUCCUGAACGCCGUGUCCCCUUCCUGGGUAAUCCGAUUAACCCCAACGCCAAGCGAGUAAACGCGCCAAGUUGAAUAGCGAAAAAGCAAGAGUAAAAGCAAAGAACAAAGAAAGAACAUUAUUGCAUCUCAAUGUCUCCAGAAGUAUCAAUCUGGUUUUGGAGUCGGAGCGGCUCAUUUUGUUUGAAUUGUUCUUGCGCUAUGAGCUCGGCAAAGACAUCAUCAUAGUCUUCGUCUGAGAGCGGAGGCGAGGGUGGACGUUGUGAAGAAGCCAUCUGCUGUUGCUGUUUCUCAUAGGAUGCAAACAUCGCUUCGAGCUGCUCUUCCUCAUCCAUCAUGGUUUCAUCCUCGUCUUGUUCCGGAAUGGGAGGUUGCUCUUGGUAGAAAGUCAUGGCGUCCUCGAUAUCCGCCUCGGUAAUGUCAGGAGCGUCAUGAGACAGCUGUCCUCGGUCGGCAAGAUAAUUUGUCUUUAGAAACUACGAUUAAAUUAGCAUCAUCCAUAAUACAUCAAGGGAUAUCUCCUUACCUGUCCCUCUAUAUCUCUGCGUUGCCAGGCCUUGUCUUCACGGCUCUGUCGCACAUUCUGGAGGAAGACCUUCCGUCUUCCUUCGUGUAGCUCAUCCCGCUUCUUGUUCACUGGGUUUGGCCGAUUGGGACGCGAAGAGAAUUUGAACUUUGUGGGCUUUAUGGGAGAAGAUUGAAUUUGACGCUGCGGACAGACGUUUCUGUCAAUUGGUGAGAGUGGCGAUGAUGCGCGCACAGGUGAAGAAGAGAGCGGCGAUGACACAGCAGGGCGAUGGUCCCACGAACCGGAGAAAA